AUGGAUCUAUCUGUACCGACUUUGAUAUGUGUUUGUGAAAAAGAUAGUGAUAGAGAGAAAGAUGAGGAGGACUCUUCAGUCAGAACACCAUUGAUUUUUCAAGAACGUUUUUAUGGUGUUCGUCAGUUUGAAGGUCAACCGAGUUUGGCGACAUCGGAAAGAGGCAGAUAUUUAUGUAAGAAACAAUAA